UUGUUGCCUUUAUUCACAAAAAAAUGGCAGAUGUGAGUCGGUGCUGAUACUGUCAUAACAGCAUCUUAGUUUAUAACCACCACAACCACCGCCACCCAAGUCCAGUGAAGAGGGGCUCCUGGUGACACACUGCAAUGUCAGAGACUCUGAUAACAGGGCAGACAUCGGAGGAUCUGUUAGCAGACUUUGAGACUUUGCUGAACUCUGGGAGUAUCAACUUGGAUGAGGACCACCAGAUAGUGAUUAUCACCAGCCCCAGCAAUGAAGGACUCCACCCAGCCCCUGCCCCGACGAGCACGGGGGAGAUCCUGCUGUUCGCCACUCCGCAGGGCCCAGCUGACGUAGGGAUCCAGGACAAGAGGAGACCGCCUCUGGGAAGGCCACCGGUAAAAAGGAAGUUGGACCUGGACAGUGACCAUCAGUAUGUCAGCACCACUCGACCUUCCACAGGCCAGGCACCGCUUUCCACUCCUGCUCCUCCCAGAGUUCCUCGGACCACGGCAGAGAAGUCUCGGUAUGACACUUCUUUGAACCUGACCACCAAGCGCUUUCUGGACCUGUUGUCCCAGUCGGCCGACGGCGUGGUGGAUCUAAACUGGGCGUCUCAGGUGCUCGAUGUUCAGAAGAGACGCAUCUACGACAUAACCAAUGUCCUGGAGGGGAUCCAGCUCAUCUCCAAGAAGUCAAAGAACAACAUCCAGUGGCUUGGUAAUCGCAUUGAUGCGGCUCUGGUUUCCCGCCAUAAGGAGCUGCAGAGGGAGGUGUGUGACCUCACAGAUGCUGAGGAGCAGCUGGAUGAGCUCAUUUCCAAAUGCAAUCUGCAGCUCAGAUUACUCACAGAGGAUCCACAGAACAAAAAACUGGGGUAUGUGCGCUGUCAGGACUUGAGGCAGUCGUUCGAUUCCCCCGACCAGCUGGUUAUGGUGAUCAGAGCUCCACCAGAGACCCAGAUGCAAGUUUCAGAGCCCUCUGAGGGUUACCAGGUGUCGCUGAAGAGCACGCGAGGCCCGAUUGACGUCUUCCUCUGUCCAGAAGACAGCUCUGGCGUCUGCAGCCCUGUGACAGGGGGCAGUCCCUCUAAACCCAUUGCUGACCCUUCCCUUGUUCAACCUCCCACACAACCCACCGACCAAUCACAACCCAGAACCUGCUCAACAGCCCUGGAAGUGGGUUUAUCAUCUCCAGCAUCCACAUCAUCCACUGUAACAGCAGUGUCGCAACAGGACCCCUCAUCACUGGUGUUAGGUGGCGACACAGAAUCCAUCCUGGGAGGCGACCCAUUCUCCAACCUCGGAGACCUACCUGAUUUUGAUCUCUCACCGCUCUCUUCUACGGACUUCCUGAAUGUAGAGGGCCUUCCUCUCCCAUUGGACGGUUUCAUCAACUUGUCCCCCCCUCACAGUCACGACUACCACUAUGGACUAGAGGACCAUGAAGGCAUCAGUGAACUGUUUGACUGUGACUUUGGUGACCUGUCACAAGUUUUGGGGGACGAUUAGAAGUUAAAAAACAAAAGAAGAGGAGCGUGUGGGCAAAUGAUUAGAAAUUCAGGCCUUCUCCUCAGUGAUCUGGAGCUCCUUUAAAACAAAAAAAGAAGAAAAAAAAAGAGUGGGAAUCAAUAUUUUAUGGACACAUAAUUAUCAAAAAUGUAUUGUUUUCAUUGUGGGAGUUUGGAGAAAUGUUUUGUGUAUUGUUUUAAUUGUGUUCCCCGAAAUACCACCCUAACUAAAAUCUCAAAUAAUUCCCCCUAAAUUGUACAGCACAUCAUUAGCACUUCUCUUUGGCCAUUCAAAAGUUUUAGACCAAGAGUUUAGCUUUAGAAU